AUGACACCGACUCCCACGACUUCAUCCACUGCCGCAGCCUCUGCCACCUGCAUUGACGUGGCACCCGGCAAGAACGGCUAUCUACCCCCAGAAGCAUGCGACGCGCUUCUCUUCUAUGAGCCAUCUUUCGCGGCGGCGAUUCUGUUCGCAGUACUCUUCGGUCUUACGACAGCUCUGCAUACUGUCCAAGCAUUCGUGUAUAAAAAGCGUUACGCGUGGGUAGUCAUUAUGGGCGCCACCUGGGAACUCCUCGCAUUCGUCUUCCGAGUCAUGCAGACACGCCAGCAGAAUAAAGACAUAUGGGGUACACUAUACGAGUUAUUCUUUCUCCUAGCUCCGAUCUGGAUCAACGCAUUCAUCUACAUGACGCUCGGCCGCAUGAUCUACUAUUUCCUCCCAGACCAAAAGCUCGCGGGGAUCUCGGCACGUCGGUACGGAGCCCUAUUCGUUUCACUAGACAUCCUAGCGUUCCUCGUCCAAGUAGCCGGCGCUUCAAUGUCCACCAACGACAGCAUGGGGCACAAGUUCGUCAUGCUCGGACUCCAUCUGUACAUGGGCGGCAUUGGACUCCAAGAGCUCUUCAUCCUCUGCUUCUUGGGUUUGGCAAUCAAGUUGCAGCGAAAGGUAUCUAGGGAGGGAUAUGUAGCUGGUGACGAAGACGGGAAGUUCCCGGCCCGACAAGGCCUGUUUCAUCCGUCGCGGUUGUUUUACGGGAUUUAUUUUGCCCUGGCUAUGAUCACCGUGAGAAUCAUGUUUAGGCUGUGUCAAUAUGCGCAGGGAUAUGAUGCUACGAAUCCGGUUCUGACGACCGAGUCGUAUGAGUAUGUUUUGGAUGCUGCACCUAUGUUUUUAGCGCUGUUGGCGCUGAAUGUUUUUCAUCCGGGGCAUGUUCUGAGAGGACCGAGGUCGGAUUUUCCGAGACUUACGAGGGCCGAGAAGAAGGAGCUUAAGCGACAGAAAAAGGAGAGGAAGAUGGAAAUGAAGAGGGUGGAUCGGGGUUUGUAUUUGGAGAAUGAUGGGUGA